GCUGCUCCUCUCCGCCUCUCUCGCCGCCACUUGGGCUGAGAGCGGACCGGCCGCCGGCGAUGGGCCGGGGAUGUUGGCCAGGAAGGACCUCGUCCCCGAGGAGUACGUGCUGCGGCUGGUGGAGGACGUGUCGCGGCCGCGCUACCGGGAGAAGCAGCGCAAGGUGCGCUUCAUCAACAAGAACGGCGCCUGCAAUGUCGCGCACACCAACAUCCGAGAGCAGGGCCGCUUCCUGCAGGACGUCUUCACCACGCUGGUGGACCUCAAGUGGCGCCACACGCUGCUCAUCUUCACCAUGAGCUUCCUGUGCAGCUGGCUGCUCUUCGCCAUGAUCUGGUGGCUGAUCGCCUUCGCGCACGGCGACCUGAACGGCGCGGCGCCGCCCGCCGUGCCCUGCAUCACCAGCCUGCACUCCUUCACCUCGGCCUUCCUCUUCUCCAUCGAGGUGCAGGUCACCAUCGGUUUCGGCGGCCGCAUGAUCACCGAGGAGUGCCCGGCCGCCAUCACCGUGCUGAUCGCGCAGAACAUCGUGGGCUUGGUCAUCAACGCCAUCAUGCUGGGCUGCAUCUUCAUGAAGACGUCGCAGGCGCACCGGCGCGCCGAGACGCUCAUCUUCAGCAAGUUCGCCGUCAUCUCGCCGCGGGACGGCCGCCUCUGCCUCAUGUUCCGCGUCGGCGACCUGCGCAAGAGCAUGAUCAUCGGCGCCGGCCUCCGGGUGCAGGUGGUGCGGCGGGCGGCCACGGCCGAGGGCGAGGUGCUGCCGCUGCGUCAGAUCGACGUGCUGCUCGACAACCCGGUGGGCGGCGGCUCCAUCUUCCUCGUCUCGCCGCUGAUCGUCGCGCACGUCAUCGACCGCUCCAGCCCGCUCUACCUGCUGACGGCCGCCGACCUGCAGCGCCAGGACUUCGAGGUGGUCGUCGUGCUGGAGGGCGUGGUGGAGACCACCGGCAUCACCACGCAGGCCCGCACCUCCUACCUGGCCGACGAGAUCCUGUGGGGGCACCGCUUCGUGCCGGUGGUGAGCGAGGAGGACGGCCGCUACUCGGUCGACUACUCCAAGUUCGGCAACACCGUCAAGGUGCCCACGCCGCCGCUCGGCGCCCGGCAGCUGGAGCAGGAGCAGGCCCUGGCCCAGGCCGAGGCCCAGGCCGUCGAGGGAGAAGGCCGGGUCGCCGCCUUUGACAUCUCGCCCGGGGCCAGGAGGAGGUCCUCGGCCGCCCACCUCGACGAUUCUUGACCCCCCCCCCCCCCCCCCACACAAGCUGAGCGGUGGCGGGGAGGAGACCCCCACCCGUCCAGAUCGACCCCACCCGCACCAGUCAGGCAACUCUCCCAAACUCCCUUCCCCACCCCCCUUCCCCCCUUCCCCCCCAAUCCAGGUUCCCCAGGGGCUUUUUGGCCAUUUUGCAUCCAAUAUAAACGUUUUGUAAUUUUGUAAAUAAGGGAAUUUUGCAAAAAAAAACAACCGUGAUCAGAGAUAUUAAACUAGGUCAUUGGUGGCGCUGGCGUGGUAGGUGGAAGUGCUGAAGUUAACAGUUCCCUAUACUUAACUAAGUAGCUAUUGAUCAACCGAGCGGCUAACUAUCGCGAAGCUCCGGGAACAGCUUGGGCAAAAUCCAGGCUCCAGUGGAGGGUUAAAAGGAACGUUGACACUAAAGGGCCAUUAGAUUUGACCUCGGAAUUGCAUCUUGAUUUGCAAACCACGAGCCCUACCAGCAAUAAACAAACACUCAGUGUGCACUUUACUACACUAUUUAGGUGGCUUUUAGUCCUGCCACAAGACAAUCACAGGAAUGUUCUGAUAAACACUUUUCUCAAAACUCAAAUACAAUGCACCUCUGGGCAACCAGAUAUAUGCUGAUAUUCACUCCUGCACAGAAUCACUCAGCCAGUAAUUCCCAAAAGAAAGUGUGGUUAACAUCUUUAAAUAAUUUCUUUUGUCCAUCUCCUAAUUUCUUGCCUUAAUGAGGUUUGGAGUAGUGUGUCUGCUUCUGAUGUUGAACAUAUGAAUGACGUGGCUGGUCCAUUGGAGCUGACUGAGUGCAGUUCAGACCUCAAUGCUGAGGAUAUUGGCCCAAGAGAAAACACUGACAUUGGUCUGUUUUUCCUACUAAUGGAUUGGACAUUGUUGGUUGUAGUCCUGCUGUAGGUAAUUACGUCUUGGAAGCAUACUGGAGGGUGGGAUCAUUGCUACCUGGUAGACCAUGAGCUUUGUUUCAGAUUUGAAAUCUUAAUCUUAAAAACACUUCUUCAGAUAACCAAAGGCUGAAGGCAUCAUGCACAGGUGAUGACAAAAUUCAUGCUGAAUGUAUGCUUUCAUAGAGAGGUGGCAACUGUUACACAAGAAGUGGUUCACAUUUUCUAUGGUUUUGGUGUGGACCUUUAUGAUCAGAGAUAGGGGCAGUUUUGGAUAGUGAAGCAGAUUGUUAGUGGACUGGUGCAGAUGUUUAAUGUAAGACCCAUUCUCAGGUAUGCUUCAGUGAACAAUUAACCAUGAUUUUGAGCUGGGCCUCUGAACAUACACGUACCAAAGUACCUUUUGCAUACUGUAGCUCAAUGCUGAAGGUUGGGGUGGUGGUGGAGUGGAGGUGACAUAGGUGACAUUUAUCCUGUAGAUACUCCAGCAGAUGAAAUGUAGCAUUGUAGAGAGAAAUAUUGAGAAGAGUGUUCAGGCAGUGACUCAGCCUUGUAUUAAUAGAUCAAUAAACCAAUCCAAUAUUGCACUUGCAUGCUGUUGCAGUCCCAUGCAUUUUCAUUCAGACCACUUUGCUUUUUAACCCUAUGAAAUGGCACUUCUGUCUAAAACUUUGUUUAUUCACCAAUUGUCAAAAAUGUUUUAAGUAAAAUUUUACAACUCAAAGGCUGAUGAAGCACAUUAUGGCAUUUUAUUCAUAACAUACAAAAAAAGCUUUGUAAACCAAUGACAAGUACCCAAGAAUAGCUGCAGCACUAUAGUGAAAAUUUGUAUAUUGAGGACUUGCUGUACUUUUAUUUCAUUAUUGUCAAACUGUUUCCUACCAUGCCCAAUUUACAAAGUAUUUAUAAACAAUUGAUUCAAAAAAAACUGAGUGAAGCAAUAAUUCAGCCUGUAAGUAUUGAAACUAUACUUGAGUGAUUGAAAUUAAACCACUAUAAUUGUCAUAAUUCUUAUACUCAAUAGCCAAGAAUGAAGAGGCCACCCAGGAAAGUGUCCUGAAAUGUGAUGACUCAAAAGAUAAAGGUUUAUCUAAACAUUAAAUCUCCUAAUCUUCUGUAUUUCAUUUGAACUUUUCAGAUGCAAAGGGUAGAUUCUUAAAGGAGGAUCAGUUACAAAUGAAUGUUCUUGAGGGUUUAGUUUGGAAAAGGAAGAAGAAUUGUGGCACCUGUUUCAACAGAGACUCAUUUAAAAGGUCCAUUUCCUCUGUAUUAAGGGUAAUUGGGUUUUAAUUCCUACUGCUUCUUAUUAAAGUAAUGAGAAUUUGCCAAAAAAAAAUGAUCAAUGUAAGCGUCUUUUUGACAAUAUCCUAACCAGAUUCCCAUGGUAAAUUUGUUCUUUAACUUGUGUAUAGCAGCCUAAUUCAGGACCUACACACAUAUACAUUGUAUCCAUAUAUACGAGGAAAGAUUCUGAGUAUUAUUGAUUCCCAUAUCAGGUGGUCCAUGAUAAUUAAAAGCAUAUACUUGGAGUACAACAGAGAAAUUAGCAGAGUUCCCAGAAUGGUGUGUGUUUUUUUUAAGAUUAUCACGAGGCAAUGUUUUCUUGUUUCACAAUCAAAGACAGCAGUAAACAUCGAGAACCAGUUGAUCUGACCUGCACCUGCAGCAUAAGUAUUCCCAUACAAAAAAAACAAUUCCACAAAAGGGAUGCCAGCUAAUUAUUGUACACACUUGUUAAUUCAUUUUACAGAGAUUUUCAGGUUAAAAAGUUUAUACAGUUGCUGUUUUAUUGUUUUCUGAAUCAAUAGCUAGAUUGUAAAUAUUGCCAAUACAUUAAGCUUUAAUGAGCCACAAAUUAUAGUUUUCAUAAGGAAAUAGACAGAAUUAACAUCCAAAGUUCUAUAAAGAAAACUGAAAUAUCAUGAAAGUGUGUAGCUGACAUUGCAUAAGUUAAUGGUGCUAAACAAAUAUCUAUGAAAAUGCACUGUAUAUAAAAUAGACACAUUAAUUUCAUUAUUAAAAAUAAAAUUUAAUUUCUACAAAUUAUUAUGUUUCACAUCUGCAAGGACUACCAUUGAAGUGUCAUCCAGAAAAUCUUAAAUAGCCGAAACAAUUGACAAUAUCCCAGAUAAUGAUCCUAAGAAAUAGUUUUAGAGAUCUUAAUAUCUAUUUCAAACAAGAUCUCAGCAGAAGGGCUCUAAGAAAGAGAAAACUCUUCUGUAAAUAGAAUAGGUGACAAAAGUUUCCAGAAUACCCCAUGGAGAUAAUCUUUCUUUCAGCUACAUCAAUAGUAUUGUUUAAGGUACCUACACAAUUACUAAUCCACAUCAAAAACAAACCUUUGCCUGAAAGUUUGAUAUUUUAAAAAAAUAAAUCAUUUUUAAAUACAAAUAAUUCAGUUCUCAAAUAGAAACCGGUUAAUCUAACAUUUCGUCAAGUUACCCAUGAAAUUCUUAUUUUUUUUUAAUCAUAGCAUUAGUUCUGAACAUGUUGCAUGUUCUGAACUAUAACAAUUCCCUAUUUAUUCAGUACAAUGUUGAUGGAUUCUGAUUUAUGGUUCACAGGUUAAAUUUAGUUACAUUACCAUACUACAGUAAAUCAAGUUUAGUCAGUCUGCUUUUUCCUUUGAGGUUAUAUUAUUGUCUUUUGAUUGCCAACCCUAAACUCAUUUAUUUUUGGCCAAAUUAUAUUUCAUUAAAAUGUCACAAUGUUUGAAUUGCUUUUUAUUUAUUACGGUUAAAAAAAUAUUCAGCAGAUCGAUGGGCUGAGAACUCAAAAUCUGACCUCUACAGUCAAACUACUGUAAUUACAGAUUAAAUAACAUACCACAGUUUUGCAGGGUGGAACUUAAGUGUACAAUUUGGGGUAAGCAAAGGCUGCUAAAUUCUGGUUAAUUUAUUAGCAUAUUGUGUGUAUAUAUAGUUAUAAAAAUAAGUGAAGCCUCUCAACUUGUUAGCUUUUCUGUUUGUUCUUUACUGUUCAGAAAUUUAAUCUUCAGAAGUGCAAGGGAAUAUUUUCAGCUUUAUUAUUUACCAUUUGAAAUUCUCUGCCUUUCUGUCCUAGCACAUUAUUAAUAAAAGAUCUAUCCAAAAUGCCAACUUUACAAAAUCUGAAGUCUUGAAUUUAUUGAACUGAUUAUAACUAGGAUUAUGCAUUUGUUUUGGAGAGUGCAGUUUCUCCCUGCGGUUCUGAGAGUUUCCUCCAGAUGUUCUUGUUUCCUCCCACAUCCCAAAGGCAUACUAGUUGGUAGUUAAAUCCCCUUUUCUUUAGGUGGGUGGGAAGUUGAUAGGCAUGCAAGGGAGAACAAGGAAAUAAGUGGAGGAAUGCGAUUGAUGGGAUUGUAUUGAGAGCCUGCAUAGACCCAAUGGGGUGAAUGGCCUCCUUCU